AAAUUUUCUCCCUCACCCAAAAGGAGAAGCUUCCCAGCUCCCAUCCUUGAACGUUCCUUCCACCCUCUGCGAAGCCGAGCCGAAACCGCGAGAAGAGAGAUGGAAAUGGCGUACACACGCCUUGAACUGCAGGUGAUCUCAUGCGAGGAACUCAGGGCCUUCAACUUCUUCCAGAAGCUCUCGGUCUUCGUGACCGUGUCCAUCGUCCCCGGCGGUGACGACCCGAAGAAGCAGCUUCGGCCGGCCCUCCAGCAGCAGCGCCACAGGACGCCGACCAGCAAGGGCGGCCAUCGCAACCCGGAGUGGAAACACGACAUGGUGUUCGACCUCUCGGACGUCUCGGCCCGGGACUAUUCGGACCUUUCUCUCAAGUUCGAUGUGCGGCUUCCCAGCGUCGUGGGCAGCCGCUCGAUCGGGGAAGUCCGCGCCUCGCUUCAGGAUUUGGUCGACGAUUUCAACGGGGCUGUCCAGCAGCGAGGCUACCACGUGAAGAACGACGAUGGAAAACGCAUCGGGGUCUUGAAUUUUACGUACAAGUUGUGUGGGAAGAGCGGCGAGGUCGGCAACGAAUUGGCUCGGGUGGAGCCUUCGUCCAGAGCUCCGGUCCCGGGUCAUAGUGCUACAAACUUCGCUUAUUUGGAGUGGCCUGACUUGCCGCCCCAGACGCUGAUCCGAGGGAUAUUGAACUAUCAAACGUAUUCUUCAUCGCUGUUGCUACAAACAACGAACAAGAAGGACGUGAGCAAAGCUUCCACGGGCUACGGUUAUCGGCAAUCGUGGUACUCCAUGGUCGGACCACCGCAGGGGUCAUGCUGAUCGGAUGGCGUCACUACCCAUUCAUCGGGGCAUCCCCGCAGCCAUCGAACUUCCCCCCUCAUCUGCAGCCGCAAAUUACACGGUUCACGAUCAGCUUAGAGCUUGGAUCAGCAAGCAUUGACUUUGUUAUGUGAUGUUUCGUCAGUCUUAGACUCUUUAGAAUACUGUGAAUGGCAAAUAAAUGUAUCUGGGUACUCUCAUCUGUACCCAAGGUGACCGUGGUUUCACCAUAAACAUCAUCUCAGCUUAUGUUCCACCUUCCUGUACACACUGGUCAUAUUAUAUAGUGCAGAAGAUGUUCUUAAAGAUUCAA